UGAAGAUGAUGAGCAUGGAGACAUGGCAGAUCAUAACUUUUCUGAAGAUGAAAACAAUGAUCAAGAACAAUUGCAUGGCCCUGAAAAAGAUAAAGCAACAGGUAAUGUGUACAUGGAAGCUAGACUAGCGAGGAUUCAGGAGAACCAAAAAAGACUACGAGAAUUAGGAGUUAAAAACGUUGUGGACUCUAUGACAAGUUUGGUAGACAGUAACAAAAUGAAGAAAAAACCAGUGAAACGGAACACUCGUGCGGGGGAUGUAGAUUAUAUUCCAGAUCCAGGUGAAGAUUCAGGUGAUGAUUGUGAGGAAGAUAACCAACAAGUUGGUAGAAGUAUUGUAGUACCCAAAAAGCGACACCAUUCACAAUAUAUUCCACCAAUGUCCAUGAGUAGAACUGCUAAUCUAACGAAACUACGUCGGGUGCUUGCUCCAAAUGUCUCCCAAAAGGUUCUGUCUACUUCAAAUGCAACAAAACCGAAUAAAGAAGUAGCAAAGAGAAGGAUGAUUGAUGACGAGGACGAGGAAAUAUUUCAAGAAGGUAAUAAAGUGGAUAUGGAAGUAGAUGGUGCUGAUGAGAUGAUGAGCAUGGAAUCAUGGCAGAUCCCAACUAUUCUGAAGAUGAAAACAAUAAUCAAGAACAAUUGCAUGGCCCUGGAAAAGAUAAAGCAACAGGUGCUCCCAAAAAGGUUAGAGGUCAUACCCAAAAGGCCGAAAUAUGGAAAAUGAAUACUACUGAAAGAAUAGAUGUCACAUUUAACGACCAUGGACAACCAGUGGGGGAAGAAGGCAAAGAACUUGUUCAGUAUCUUGGGACACUUGUGAGGAUGGCUGAUCAUGUAUCAAUUGAGUAUUCUGACUGGAGAAAAGUUCCUAUGAAAAAUAAAGAGGAUAUGUAUUCGCUUGUUAAGUCCAAAUUUGCUAUUCAUCCAGUUGAAACAAGUGAGAUUAAAGAAUGGAUAUUCCAAAACAUGGGGAAAAAAUGGAGAACGUGGAAAGGUGUAUUAAAGUCACGUGGAUAUGAUCCAAGCCUUACUAUUGACGAAAUUGUGACGCAA